AGGUACAGCUGUAGAUGUAUCUCCCUAUCCAGACACACCAGAGGAUGAUGCUACAGUAGACAACAGAUCUUCUUUUGAAUUCUCUCUGCUGCUGCUGCUUUCACCAUGCUACCUAAAGAACACAACAGCGAGCCCAAGGCUGCGAAGCUCAGCCUGUUCAACAGGAACAAUGCCCUGAACGCCUGUAUGAAGAAAGAGGAGAAGAAAGAGAAGGAGAUUCAUUAUGAGGAUUCCCCGGAUGGUGGCUGGGGCUGGAUGGUCGUACUUCACUGCUUCCUGGUGAAUAUGUUGGUGAUGGGGACCCUGAAGACCUUUGGGAUCUUCUUCGUGACAUUCCAGGAUGAGUUCGGAGGGUCGGCAGAGAGUAUCAGCUGGAUCGGCUCCAUCAUGUCUAGCCUGCGGCUCUCUGGAGGUCCCCUGGCCGCUGUAUCGUGUGCGAAGCUGGGUAACAGAGUGACCUCUAUAGCUGGGGCUGUGCUCGUCAGUGUUGGCUUCCUCAUGAGUGUCUUUGCCACCAGCGUGGUAUUCCUCUAUAUCAGCAUGGGGCUGAUUGUGGGCCUUGGUUUUGCACUCCUGUACCAAGCCACCUCUGUUGUCACGGCAACAUAUUUCCGUAAGAGGUUAGCGACGGCAUACUCCAUCGGGCGGUCUGGGAUGGGCUUUACCUUCGCCCUCGCCCCUUUCACUCAGCUGCUGCUGGAUCAGUACGCCUGGCAAGGAGCUCUGCUAAUCCUAGGAGGCCUGAUGUUAAACCUGGUGGCCUCUGGGAUGCUGCUAAGACCCAUCCACGUGAAGCCUGCACCACCCCCUUCCUCAACCUCAUCUUCAUCCAUCCAAAAAAGCCCUCUGAUAGGUCCAGAGAAGGAGAAGGACCGCCCUCAGAAUGGAUGCUGCUUUAACGGAUCCACAACGUUAACCAAUGGCAACGCCAAAUCAGACUCUUCUCCUUCAACUCCACAACCCCUGCACUGGGACACUGAGACCUCAGAGAAGGACUCUACACCUAGGUUGGGUCAGAACAACCACAGCCCCCCACCUCCACCAAACCCUGAACUGACCAAGCUGGUACAAAACAACGUGAACAGGCACGUUCAGGAGGCAUCCCCCCCCACGGCCACCAUAGACAGCCCCAGCAUCAUGGAACAGAACGGUACCAUUAGCCUAAAUGGUUCCGCUGUGUUUGGGUGUUCCUCACCUAAUGGCACUACCACUGUGGAUGAUCACAUCCCACCGGCCGUGAAAAAUAACAGAGUUCUAGACUUCUCCCUGUUGAAGAACCCUUUCUUCUGCAUCUACACUUGGUCCGUGGUGUUCAGCCAGCUGGCUUACUUCAUCCCCUACUUCCACUUGUCUGCCCGGGCCAGGAACCUGGGCAUCGACGCCAUGGAUGCUUCCUUCAUCAUCUCUGUGGCAGGUAUCACAGAGACUAUAGCCCAGCUAGGCUCCGGUUGGCUAGCGGAUAAGAACCCGUUCCAUAAGUACCACUACCACAAGGCCUACCUGAUCCUGUGUGGAGUGGUCAACCUGUUUGCCCCACUGGCUAACACCUACAUCCUGCUCAUGGUUUACGCUGUCUUCUUUGCCAUCUUCUGUGGCGGUUACAUGGCACUGCUACUGCCUGUCCUGGUGGAUCUGGUAGGGCAAGAGAAACUCAACAACUCCAUGGGAUUUUCUAUGUUCUUCGUAGGCCUCGGCUGUCUGACAGGACCUCCUCUCGCAGGUUUCCUGUAUGACUACACCCAGACCUACGACUGUUCCUUCUACCUGGCGGGGGUGUGUUACCUGCUGUCCUCUGUGUCUCUCUUCCUGGAGCCCGUGGCGAGGAGGUGGCAGAGCAGAAAGAGGAGACGCGAGGCCCGCGACGUAGACACCAGCUGGAAGAGUAACGGCUGCUUCUGCCCUGAGCUUCCUGUCCUAAAGAACAGCAACAACAAUGACGUGGUCUAGAGGGUAGUUUCACCCCAGCUAGCACAUUUGGUUCCUUGGAAGUUCGUAUGCAAAAUAACCAUAGGGCAAUCACCAUGCCUUAACAAUCACUACGGGCCUUAUAACUUUUGGUGCUAGCUGGUGGAUAUUACCAUACUCUCCUUCAUUAAGCCUGGAAUCGAGGCUAUGUAGAUGGAGGGAGGGCAGGGUUGGCUCUCUGUUCCUAAUAUAUGUCAUUUAGCAGACGCUUGAUAAUUAUUCAAAGCGACUUACAGUAAAGUGAGUACAGACAUUUUGGGGAUUUGUGAUCCCGGCGGGAAUUGAACCUGCGACCUUGGCAUUACUAGCACCAUUGCUCUUACUGAGACACACGUAACCAUGUGGAGGGAGAGCAGAGUUGGCUGCUUCCCCUUUCUCUCUCCUUCCUUAAAACAAGCAUGUGCCAACUGUGCCAGUUACCCAGCUUUUGGGUGGACUGAAAUGACCCUGCUGCUUUGGAGAAAGCCAAGGAAUACCCAACUGACUGACUGACUGAGGAGAAAGCCAAGGAAUACCCAACUGACUGACUGACUGAGGAGAAAGCCAAGGAAUACCCAACUGACUGACUGACUGACUGAGGAGAAAGCCAAGGAAUACCCAACUGACUGACUGACUGACUGACGAGAAAGCCAAGGAAUACCCAACUGACUGACUGACUGACGAGAAAGCCAAGGAAUACCCAACUGUCUGUCUGACUGAGGAGAAAGCCAAGGAAUACCCAACUGACUGUCUGACUGACUGUCUGACUGAGGAGAAAGCCAAGGAAUACCCAACUGACUGACUGUCUGACUGACUGAGGAGAAAGCCAAGGAAUACCCAACUGACUGACUGACUGAGGAGAAAGCCAAGGAAUACCCAACUGACUGACUGACUGAGGAGAAAGCCAAGGAAUACCCAACUGACUGACUGUCUGACUGAGAAGAAAGCCAAGGAAUACCCAACUGACUGACUGUCUGUCUGAGGAGAAAGCCAAGGAAUACCCAACUGACUGACUGACUGACUGACUGAGGAGAAAGCCAAGGAAUACCCAACUGACUGACUGACUGUCUGACUGAGGAGAAACCCAAGGAAUACCCAACUGACUGACUGUCUGACUGAGGAGAAAGCCAAGGAAUACCCAACUGACUGACUGACUGUCUGACUGAAGAGCAAGCCAAGGAAUACCCAACUGACUGACUGACUGACUGACUGAGGAGAAAGCCAAGGAAUACCCAACUGACUGACUGACUGUCUGACUGAGGAGAAACCCAAGGAAUACCCAACUGACUGACUGUCUGACUGAGGAGAAACCCAAGGAAUACCCAACUGACCGACUGUCUGACUGAGAAGAAAGCCAAGGAAUACCCAACUGACUGACUGACUGUCUGACUGAGGAGAAAGCCAAGGAAUACCCAACUGACUGACUGACUGAGGAGAAAGCCAAGGAAUACCCAACUGACUGACUGACUGACUGACUGACUGAGGAGAAAGCCAAGGAAUACCCAACUGACUGACUGUCUGACUGAGGAGAAAGCCAAGGAAUACCCAACUGACUGACUGUCUGACUGAGGAGAAAGCCAAGGAAUACCCAACUGUCUGUCUGACUGAAGAGCAAGCCAAGGAAUACCCAACUGUCUGUCUGAAUGAGGAGAAAGCCAAGGAAUACCCAACGGACUGACUGACUGAGGAGAAAGCCAAGGAAUACCCAACUGUCUGUCUGACUGAAGAGCAAGCCAAGGAAUACCCAACGGACUGACUGACUGAGGAGAAAGCCAAGGAAUACCCAACGGACUGACUGACUGAGGAGAAAGCCAAGGAAUACCCAACUGACUGACUGACUGAGGAGAAAGCCAAGGAAUACCCAACUGACUGACUGACUGAGGAGAAAGCCAAGGAAUACCCAACUGUCUGUCUGACUGAGGAGAAAGCCAAGGAAUACCCAACGGACUGACUGACUGAGGAGAAAGCCAAGGAAUACCCAACUGACUGACUGUCUGUCUGACUGAGGAGAAAGCCAAGGAAUACCCAACUGACUGACUGACUGAGGAGAAAGCCAAGGAAUACCCAACUGACUGUCUGACUGACUGUCUGACUGAGAAGAAAGCCAAGGAAUACCCAACUGACUGACUGUCUGUCUGAGGAGAAAGCCAAGGAAUACCCAACUGACUGACUGACUGACUGACUGAGGAGAAAGCCAAGGAAUACCCAACUGACUGACUGACUGUCUGACUGAGGAGAAACCCAAGGAAUACCCAACUGACUGACUGUCUGACUGAGGAGAAAGCCAAGGAAUACCCAACUGACUGACUGUCUGACUGAGGAGAAAGCCAAGGAAUACCCAACUGACUGACUGACUGUCUGACUGAAGAGCAAGCCAAGGAAUACCCAACUGACUGACUGACUGACUGAGGAGAAAGCCAAGGAAUACCCAACUGACUGACUGACUGUCUGACUGAGGAGAAACCCAAGGAAUACCCAACUGACUGACUGUCUGACUGAGGAGAAAGCCAAGGAAUACCCAACUGUCUGUCUGACUGAGGAGAAAGCCAAGGAAUACCCAACUGUCUGUCUGACUGAGGAGAAAGCCAAGGAAUACCCAACUGACUGACUGACUGACUGAGGAGAAAGCCAAGGAAUACCCAACUGACUGACUGACUGAGGAGAAAGCCAAGGAAUACCCAACUGACUGACUGACUGAGGAGAAAGCCAAGGAAUACCCAACUGACUGACUGACUGACUGAGGAGAAAGCCAAGGAAUACCCAACUGACUGACUGACUGACUGACGAGAAAGCCAAGGAAUACCCAACUGACUGACUGACUGACGAGAAAGCCAAGGAAUACCCAACUGUCUGUCUGACUGAGGAGAAAGCCAAGGAAUACCCAACUGACUGUCUGACUGACUGUCUGACUGAGGAGAAAGCCAAGGAAUACCCAACUGACUGACUGUCUGUCUGACUGAGGAGAAAGCCAAGGAAUACCCAACUGACUGACUGACUGAGGAGAAAGCCAAGGAAUACCCAACUGACUGACUGACUGAGGAGAAAGCCAAGGAAUACCCAACUGACUGACUGACUGAGGAGAAAGCCAAGGAAUACCCAACUGACUGACUGUCUGACUGAGAAGAAAGCCAAGGAAUACCCAACUGACUGACUGUCUGUCUGAGGAGAAAGCCAAGGAAUACCCAACUGACUGACUGACUGACUGACUGAGGAGAAAGCCAAGGAAUACCCAACUGACUGACUGACUGUCUGACUGAGGAGAAACCCAAGGAAUACCCAACUGACUGACUGUCUGACUGAGGAGAAAGCCAAGGAAUACCCAACUGACUGACUGACUGUCUGACUGAAGAGCAAGCCAAGGAAUACCCAACUGACUGACUGACUGACUGACUGAGGAGAAAGCCAAGGAAUACCCAACUGACUGACUGACUGUCUGACUGAGGAGAAACCCAAGGAAUACCCAACUGACUGACUGUCUGACUGAGGAGAAACCCAAGGAAUACCCAACUGACUGACUGUCUGACUGAGAAGAAAGCCAAGGAAUACCCAACUGACUGACUGACUGUCUGACUGAGGAGAAAGCCAAGGAAUACCCAACUGACUGACUGACUGACUGAGGAGAAAGCCAAGGAAUACCCAACUGACUGACUGACUGACUGACUGACUGAGGAGAAAGCCAAGGAAUACCCAACUGACUGACUGUCUGACUGAGGAGAAAGCCAAGGAAUACCCAACUGACUGACUGUCUGACUGAGGAGAAAGCCAAGGAAUACCCAACUGUCUGUCUGACUGAAGAGCAAGCCAAGGAAUACCCAACUGUCUGUCUGAAUGAGGAGAAAGCCAAGGAAUACCCAACGGACUGACUGACUGAGGAGAAAGCCAAGGAAUACCCAACUGUCUGUCUGACUGAAGAGCAAGCCAAGGAAUACCCAACGGACUGACUGACUGAGGAGAAAGCCAAGGAAUACCCAACGGACUGACUGACUGAGGAGAAAGCCAAGGAAUACCCAACUGACUGACUGACUGAGGAGAAAGCCAAGGAAUACCCAACUGACUGACUGACUGAGGAGAAAGCCAAGGAAUACCCAACUGUCUGUCUGACUGAGGAGAAAGCCAAGGAAUACCCAACGGACUGACUGACUGAGGAGAAAGCCAAGGAAUACCCAACUGACUGACUGUCUGUCUGACUGAGGAGAAAGCCAAGGAAUACCCAACUGACUGACUGACUGAGGAGAAAGCCAAGGAAUACCCAACUGACUGUCUGACUGACUGUCUGACUGAGAAGAAAGCCAAGGAAUACCCAACUGACUGACUGUCUGUCUGAGGAGAAAGCCAAGGAAUACCCAACUGACUGACUGACUGACUGACUGAGGAGAAAGCCAAGGAAUACCCAACUGACUGACUGACUGUCUGACUGAGGAGAAACCCAAGGAAUACCCAACUGACUGACUGUCUGACUGAGGAGAAAGCCAAGGAAUACCCAACUGACUGACUGUCUGACUGAGGAGAAAGCCAAGGAAUACCCAACUGACUGACUGACUGUCUGACUGAAGAGCAAGCCAAGGAAUACCCAACUGACUGACUGACUGACUGAGGAGAAAGCCAAGGAAUACCCAACUGACUGACUGACUGUCUGACUGAGGAGAAACCCAAGGAAUACCCAACUGACUGACUGUCUGACUGAGGAGAAAGCCAAGGAAUACCCAACUGUCUGUCUGACUGAGGAGAAAGCCAAGGAAUACCCAACUGUCUGUCUGACUGAGGAGAAAGCCAAGGAAUACCCAACUGACUGACUGACUGACUGAGGAGAAAGCCAAGGAAUACCCAACUGACUGACUGACUGAGGAGAAAGCCAAGGAAUACCCAACUGUCUGUCUGACUGAGGAGAAAGCCAAGGAAUACCCAACGGACUGACUGACUGAGGAGAAAGCCAAGGAAUACCCAACUGACUGACUGUCUGUCUGACUGAGGAGAAAGCCAAGGAAUACCCAACUGACUGACUGACUGAGGAGAAAGCCAAGGAAUACCCAACUGACUGUCUGACUGACUGUCUGACUGAGAAGAAAGCCAAGGAAUACCCAACUGACUGACUGUCUGUCUGAGGAGAAAGCCAAGGAAUACCCAACUGACUGACUGACUGACUGACUGAGGAGAAAGCCAAGGAAUACCCAACUGACUGACUGACUGUCUGACUGAGGAGAAACCCAAGGAAUACCCAACUGACUGACUGUCUGACUGAGGAGAAAGCCAAGGAAUACCCAACUGACUGACUGUCUGACUGAGGAGAAAGCCAAGGAAUACCCAACUGACUGACUGACUGUCUGACUGAGGAGAAACCCAAGGAAUACCCAACUGACUGACUGUCUGACUGAGGAGAAAGCCAAGGAAUACCCAACUGUCUGUCUGACUGAGGAGAAAGCCAAGGAAUACCCAACUGUCUGUCUGACUGAGGAGAAAGCCAAGGAAUACCCAACUGACUGACUGACUGACUGAGGAGAAAGCCAAGGAAUACCCAACUGACUGACUGACUGAGGAGAAAGCCAAGGAAUACCCAACUGACUGACUGACUGAGGAGAAAGCCAAGGAAUACCCAACUGACUGACUGACUGACUGAGGAGAAAGCCAAGGAAUACCCAACUGACUGACUGACUGACUGACGAGAAAGCCAAGGAAUACCCAACUGACUGACUGACUGACGAGAAAGCCAAGGAAUACCCAACUGUCUGUCUGACUGAGGAGAAAGCCAAGGAAUACCCAACUGACUGUCUGACUGACUCUCUGACUGAGGAGAAAGCCAAGGAAUACCCAACUGACUGACUCUCUGUCUGACUGAGGAGAAAGCCAAGGAAUACCCAACUGACUGACUGACUGAGGAGAAAGCCAAGGAAUACCCAACUGACUGACUGACUGAGGAGAAAGCCAAGGAAUACCCAACUGACUGACUGACUGAGGAGAAAGCCAAGGAAUACCCAACUGACUGUCUGACUGACUGUCUGACUGAGAAGAAAGCCAAGGAAUACCCAACUGACUGACUGUCUGUCUGAGGAGAAAGCCAAGGAAUACCCAACUGACUGACUGACUGACUGACUGAGGAGAAAGCCAAGGAAUACCCAACUGACUGACUGACUGUCUGACUGAGGAGAAACCCAAGGAAUACCCAACUGACUGACUGUCUGACUGAGGAGAAAGCCAAGGAAUACCCAACUGACUGACUGUCUGUCUGACUGAGGAGAAAGCCAAGGAAUACCCAACUGACUGACUGACUGAGGAGAAAGCCAAGGAAUACCCAACUGACUGACUGACUGAGGAGAAAGCCAAGGAAUACCCAACUGACUGACUGACUGAGGAGAAAGCCAAGGAAUACCCAACUGACUGACUGUCUGACUGAGAAGAAAGCCAAGGAAUACCCAACUGACUGACUGUCUGUCUGAGGAGAAAGCCAAGGAAUACCCAACUGACUGACUGACUGACUGACUGAGGAGAAAGCCAAGGAAUACCCAACUGACUGACUGACUGUCUGACUGAGGAGAAACCCAAGGAAUACCCAACUGACUGACUGUCUGACUGAGGAGAAAGCCAAGGAAUACCCAACUGACUGACUGACUGUCUGACUGAAGAGCAAGCCAAGGAAUACCCAACUGACUGACUGACUGACUGACUGAGGAGAAAGCCAAGGAAUACCCAACUGACUGACUGACUGUCUGACUGAGGAGAAACCCAAGGAAUACCCAACUGACUGACUGUCUGACUGAGGAGAAACCCAAGGAAUACCCAACUGACUGACUGUCUGACUGAGAAGAAAGCCAAGGAAUACCCAACUGACUGACUGACUGUCUGACUGAGGAGAAAGCCAAGGAAUACCCAACUGACUGACUGACUGACUGAGGAGAAAGCCAAGGAAUACCCAACUGACUGACUGACUGACUGACUGACUGAGGAGAAAGCCAAGGAAUACCCAACUGACUGACUGUCUGACUGAGGAGAAAGCCAAGGAAUACCCAACUGACUGACUGUCUGACUGAGGAGAAAGCCAAGGAAUACCCAACUGUCUGUCUGACUGAAGAGCAAGCCAAGGAAUACCCAACUGUCUGUCUGAAUGAGGAGAAAGCCAAGGAAUACCCAACGGACUGACUGACUGAGGAGAAAGCCAAGGAAUACCCAACUGUCUGUCUGACUGAAGAGCAAGCCAAGGAAUACCCAACGGACUGACUGACUGAGGAGAAAGCCAAGGAAUACCCAACGGACUGACUGACUGAGGAGAAAGCCAAGGAAUACCCAACUGACUGACUGACUGAGGAGAAAGCCAAGGAAUACCCAACUGACUGACUGACUGAGGAGAAAGCCAAGGAAUACCCAGCUGUCUGUCUGACUGAGGAGAAAGCCAAGGAAUACCCAACAGACUGACUGACUGAGGAGAAAGCCAAGGAAUACCCAACUGACUGACUGUCUGUCUGACUGAGGAGAAAGCCAAGGAAUACCCAACUGACUGACUGACUGAGGAGAAAGCCAAGGAAUACCCAACUGACUGUCUGACUGACUGUCUGACUGAGAAGAAAGCCAAGGAAUACCCAACUGACUGACUGUCUGUCUGAGGAGAAAGCCAAGGAAUACCCAACUGACUGACUGACUGACUGACUGAGGAGAAAGCCAAGGAAUACCCAACUGACUGACUGACUGUCUGACUGAGGAGAAACCCAAGGAAUACCCAACUGACUGACUGUCUGACUGAGGAGAAAGCCAAGGAAUACCCAACUGACUGACUGUCUGACUGAGGAGAAAGCCAAGGAAUACCCAACUGACUGACUGACUGUCUGACUGAAGAGCAAGCCAAGGAAUACCCAACUGACUGACUGACUGACUGAGGAGAAAGCCAAGGAAUACCCAACUGACUGACUGACUGUCUGACUGAGGAGAAACCCAAGGAAUACCCAACUGACUGACUGUCUGACUGAGGAGAAAGCCAAGGAAUACCCAACUGUCUGUCUGACUGAGGAGAAAGCCAAGGAAUACCCAACUGUCUGUCUGACUGAGGAGAAAGCCAAGGAAUACCCAACUGACUGACUGACUGACUGAGGAGAAAGCCAAGGAAUACCCAACUGACUGACUGACUGAGGAGAAAUUAUUAUGACCACAGCAAUGUUACUGUAAUAGCUUAAAAAUGGUUGUACAUAUAACGGAGACUUUUCCUUCAGUCCAUAAAGAGAGGCAGCAAACGGAGAAUCCUGUUUUGUAACGUUUUGAAUACAAGACAAAUGUACACUUAUUCUGCUAGGCCACAUGUUAACCCUCAUGUUCUCAGGGCAUCGCCUGACGCCUGCUACACAAAUCUCAUUGUAGUGUGGACUAAUGUGGCUGGAACACUUGACGUCUUUUUUUUUCUUUUUUCGGUAUGAGGAGGAUUUGAACAACACAACAAACUUCUGACACAACACAACCACAUUGUCUAUACAAUCACAUCCUAUAUGUAACGGAUGUGAAAUGGCUAGCUAGUUAGCGGUGGUGCAAGCUAAUAGCGUUUCAAUCGGUUACGUCACUCGCUUUGAGACCUUAAAGUGGUGGUUCCCCUUGAGCGGCGUUUGCGGAGCGAUGGGUAACGAUCCUUCGUGGGUGACUGUUGUUGGUGUGUGCAGAAGGUCCCUGGUUCGCGCGAGGGGAUGGACUAAAGUUAUACUGUUACAUAUAUUCAUCAGAAACGGUACACCUCUGUGUUAAAUACAGUACAACGUAACGUACCGUACAACGUACCGUACACCCAUGAAUGAGUCUUGGGUUCCGUCCCAAAUGUCACCGUAUUCCCUAUAUAGUGCACUACUUUCAACCAGGGCCCAUAGGGGCUGGUCAAAAGUAGUGCACUACUUUCAACCAGCUCCCAUAGGGGCUGGUCAAAAGUAGUGCACUACUUUCAACCAGGGCCCAUAGGGCUCCCAUAGGGGCUGGUCAAAAGUAGUGCACUACUUUCAACCAGCUCCCGAAGGGGCUGGUCAAAAGUAGUGCACUAUAUAGGGAAUAUAGGGUGUUUUUUUUUGGUACACAGAAAAAUGUUGAGAUCAUGUUAUAUAUGAUAUGGGUUACUGUAUGUACCAUAUAGAUGAUGUACCAAAUGUCUGGUAUAUACAGUUCCUUCAGAAAGUAUUCACACCCCUUUGACUUUUUACACAUUUUGUGGAAUUAAAAUUGAUUUAAUUGUCCCUUUUUUUUUGUCAAUGAUCAAAUGUGAAAGUGGGGGAAAAAAACACUAAUAUAUCUUGAUUAGAUAAAUAUUCAACCCCCUUGAGUCAAUACAUGUUAGAAUCACCUUUGGCAACGAUUACAGCUGUGGGUGUUUUGGGGUAAGUCUCUAAGAACAUUUUUGCAAAACUUCAAGCUCUGGUUGUUGUUCAUUGCUAGACAGCCAUUUUCAAGUCUUGCCAUAGAUUUUCGAGCUGAUUUAAGUCAAAACUGUAAUUUGGCCACUCAGAAAUAUUCAAUGUUGUCUUGGUAAGUAACUACAAAGUAUAUUUGGCCUUGUGUUUUAGGUUAUUGUCCUGCUGAAAGGUGAAUUUGUCUCCCACUGUCUGGUGGAAAGCAGACUGAACCAGGUUUUCCUUUAGGAUAUUGCCUUUGCUUAGCUAUAUUAAAUGUAUUUUUAUCCUAAAAAACUCCGUAGUCCUUGCCAAGCAUACCUAUAACAUGAUCUAACCACCACCAUGCUUGAAAAUAUGUAGAUUUUAACUCAGUGUUGUGUUGUGUUGGAUCUGCCCCAAACAUAACACUUUGUAUUCAGGACAAAACGUUCAUUUCUUUGCCACAUUUCUUGCAGUUUUACUUUAAUGCCUUAUCGCAAACAGGAUACAUGUUUUGAAAUAUUUAUAUUGUGUACAUGCUUCCUUCUUUUAACUGUGUCAUUAGAUUAGUAUUGUCGAGUAACCAAAAUGUUGUUGAUCCAUCCUCAGUUUUCUCUUAUCACAGCUAUUAAACUCUUUAAAACUCUGUUUUAAAAUGAUCACCAUUGGCCUCAUGGUGAAAUCCCUGUUUCCUUCCUACAGUAUCCGGCAACUGACUAAGGAAGGAAGCCUGUAUCUUUGUAGUGACUGGGUGUAUUGAUACACCAUCCAAAGCGCAAUUGAUAAUUUCAGCAUGCUCAAAGGGACAUUCAAUGUUGGCUUUUUUUUUUUUUUUCACCCAUCUACCAAUAGGUGCCCUUCUUUGCGAGGCAUUGCAAAACCUCUCUCGUCUCUGUGGUUCUGUGUUUGAAAUUCCCUGCUUGAAUGAAGGACCUUACAGAUAAUUGUACGUGUGGGGUACAGAGAUGAGGUAGUCAUUCAGAAAUCAUGUUAAACACUAUUAUUAUUAAACAGAAUGAGUCCAUGCAACUUUUUAUGUGACUUGUUAAGCACAUUUUUACUCCUGAACUUAUUUAGGCUUGCCAUAACAAAACGGGUUGAAUACUUAUUCUAAAAACGAAAUUCCACUUUGACAUUAUGGGGUAUUGUGUGUAGAUCAGUGACACAACAUCUCAAUGUAACCCAUUUUAAAUUCAGGCUGUAACAACAACAACAUGUGGAACAAGUUAAACGGGUGUGAAUCCUUUCCAAAGGCAAUGUGGGUGUUCCCACCUAGACCAUUUUCUGCCACCCACUAAUCAAAGCCCUAUUUCACAAUACUACACAAAUGUCUUAAUGAACUAUGUUCACAUAAUAUCACCAAGGGUUGCAGUCAAUCAGACCCAAAUAUAAUAGUUUGGGAAUCGUACCGCUGCACCAUGCAAUAUACUGAACCGCUGCACCAUGCAAAAUACUGAACCGCUGCACCAUGCAAUAUACUGAACCGCUGCACCAUGCAAUAUACUGUACCGCUGCACCAUGCAAUAUACUGAACCGCUGCACCAUGCAAUAUACUGAACCGCUGCACCAUGCAAUAUACUGAACCGCUGCACCAUGCAAUAUACUGAAUCGCUGCACCAUGCAAUAUACUGAACCGCUGCACCAUGCAAUAUACUGAACCGCUGCACCAUGCAAUAUACUGAACCGCUGCACCAUGCAAUAUACUGAACCGCUGGCCAUGCAAUAUACUGAAUCGCUGACCAUGCAAAAUACUGAACCGCUGGCCAUGCAAUAUACUGAACCGCUGCACCAUGCAAUAUACUGAACCGCUGCACCAUGCAAUAUACUGAACCGCUGCACCAUGCAAUAUACUGAACCGCUGGCCAUGCAAUAUACUGAAUCGCUGCACCAUGCAAUAUACUGAACCGCUGGCCAUGCAAAAUACUGAAUCGCUGCACCAAGCAAUAUACUGAACCGCUGCACCAUGCAAUAUACUGAACCGCUGCACCAUGCAAUAUCCUGAAUCGCUGCACCAUGCAAUAUACUGAACCGCUGGCCAUGCAAUAUACUGAAUCGCUGCACCAUGCAAUAUACUGAACCGCUGGCCAUGCAAAAUACUGAAUCGCUGCACCAAGCAAUAUACUGAACCGCUGCACCAUGCAAUAUACUGAACCGCUGCACCAUGCAAUAUCCUGAAUCGCUGCACCAUGCAAUAUACUGAACCGCUGCACCAUGCAAUAUACUGCUACAAAGGACUGCUAGAGAAAUCCACUCAUAGCAGUGCAUUUGGAACGUAUUCUCCACAUUUUGUUACAUUGCAGCCUUAUUCCACAAUUUAUUAAAUUGUUUUUUCCCCCUCAUCAAUCUACACACACUACCCCAUAUUGAGAAAGCAAAAACGUAUUUAAAAAAUGUAGAUUUAUAUAUUUUUUUUUUAUAGCACAUUUACAUAAGUAUUCAGACCCUUUCCUCAGUACUUUGUUGAAGCACCUUUGGCAGAGAUUACAGCCUCAAGUCUUCUUGGGUGUGACGCUACAGGCUUGGCACACCUGUAUUUGGGGAGUUUCUCCCAUUCUUCUCUGCAGAUCCUCUCAAGCUGUCAGGUUGGAUGGGGAGCGUUGCUGCACAGCUAUUUUACGGUCUCCGCAGAGAUGUUCGAUCAGGUUCAAGUCCGUCUCUGGCUGGGCCACUGAAUGCAAUUCAGAGACUUGUCCUGAAGCCACUCCUGUGUUGUCUUGGCUGUGUGCUUAGGGUCGUUGUCCUGUUGGAAGGUGAACCUUUGCCCCAGUCUGAGGUCCUGAGUGCUCUGGAGCAGGUUUUUAAUCAAGGAUCUCUCUGUACUUUGCUUGGUUCAUCUUUCCCUCGAUGCCGACUAGUCUUCUAGUCCCUGCCCCUGAAAAACAUUCCCACAGCAUGAUGCUGCCACCACCAUGCUUCACCGUAGGGAUGGGUGCCAGGUUUCCUCCAGGCAUAACGCUUGACAUUCAGGCCAAAGAGUUCAAUCUUGGUUUCAUCAGACCAGAGAAUGUUGUUUCUCAUGGUCUGAGAGUCUUUAGGUGCCUUUUGGCAAACUCUAAGCGAGCUGCCAUGUGCCUUUUACUGAGGAGUGGCUUCUGUAUGGCCACUCUACCAUAAAGGCCUGAUGGAGUGCUGCAGAGAUGGUUGUCCUUCUGGAAGGAUCUGCCAUAUCCAUAGAGGAACUCUGGAGCUCUGUCAGAAUGACCAUCGGGUUCUUGGUCACCCUGACCAAGGCCCUUCUCCCCCGAUUGCUCAGUUUGGCCGGGCGGCCAGCUAUAGGAAGAGUCUUGGUGGUUCCAAACUACUUCAUUUAAGAAUGAUGGAGGCCACUGUGUUCUUGGGAACCUUCAAUGCUGCAGAAAUGUUUUGGUAUCCUUCCCCAAAUCUGUGCCUCGACACAAUCAUGUCUCGGAGCUCUACGGACAAUUCCUUCGACAUCAUGGCUUUGUUUUUUCUCUGACAUGCACUGUCAACUGUGGGACCUUAUACAGACAAGUGUGUGCCUUUCCAAAUCAUGUCCAAUCAAUUGAAUUUACCACAGAAUGCACCUGAGCUCAAUUUUGAUAUCUCAUGGCAAAGGGUCUGAAUACUUAUGUCAAUAAGGUAUCUGGUUUUUAAAAAAUUAAUAUUUGCAAAAAUGUCUAAACCUGUUUUCACUUUGUUGGGUAUUGUGUGUAGAUUGAUGAGGAAUAAAUGUAAUUUAAUCCAUUUUAAAAUACGCCUGUGACGUAACAAAAUGUGGAAAAAGUCAAGGGAUUUGAAUACUUUCUGAAAACACUGUAGUUACUACGAAGCUAGAUUUGGGUUAGCGAAGCUAGAUUUGCGUUAGCAAAGCUAGAUUUGGGUUAGCGAAGUUAGAUUUGGGUUAGCGAAGCUAGAUUUGGGUUAGCGAUAGCAUCUCUGUUUUUACAGGUGCUCAAACAACAGUAUUAAUGUACAGUAGCAUUUUCCAAUACUACACACAUUCAACAUCUUAAGGUAUCACAUUACCAUUCAACUGGAUCUGGAGUUAGUUCAAAUAGUUCACUAUUAGUGUAAUCAUGAGAGACCUAUUUCAGUAUGUAUGGUAUACCAUUGAGGGGAGAUUACUUUGUACACAGACCCUCAUUGAAGUUAGCCUGGUCCCAGGUCGGUUACUUUGUGCUGUCUUGCCAAUGUUUGGCAUGCCACGUGACAAUCACACAUAGAAGUUGUCAAGGACCAAGCUGGGUGGAAGAGUAUAUCACAUAGGGUGAAAUACCUGGGUUUACUUGGCAUGUACUGUACACGGGUGGACAGCCAUGUUGGUUGGUGCUGUUUUACUGUGUAAACUACUGACCAAGUGCUUUAAGAAGACAGACAGUUUAUUUGCUUAGCCUGAGUGCCAGUCCUGAGUGCCAGUCUGUUUCUGCUGUAUUGCCAAUGAAGGGAAGGUAAACGGGGGAUACAUAGUCAGUUGUACAAAUGAACGUCUUCAACUGAAAUGUCUCUCUGAAUCAGAGAGGUGCGGGGGGGGGGUGGGGCUGCCUUAAUCGACAUCCACAUCUUCGGGCGCCCGGGGGAACAGUGUGACAAGGAGUUGGCAAUGGAGAACAAACAGAUUGGCACUCAAGUUUUAUUAUUUACUUAUUAUAGCCCAGAAAAUAUAUAAUCUUUCGAUGGUACUACCCAUAUACCUUAGUAAGGCUGGUAGAAUGAGGAAAUGAAAUGCUGUUGAAGGCUACUUCAGGCAGACACAAUGACAAUGCAAUUUAUAAAGCUAUUAUAUGGGAGAGCUAUGACAUGGGAGAGCUAUGACAUGGGAGAGCUAUGACAUGGGAGAGCUAUGACAUGGGAGAGCUAUGACAUGGGAGAGCUAUGACAUGGGAAAGCUAUGACAUGGGAGAGCUAUGACAUGGGAGAGCUAUGACAUGGGAGAGCUAUGACAUGGGAGAGCUAUGACAUGGGAGAACUAUGACAUGGGAGAGCUAUGACAUGGGAAAGCUAUGACAUGGGAGAGCUAUGACAUGGGAGAGCUAUGACAUGGGAGAGCUAUGACAUGGGAGAGCUAUGACAUGGGAAAGCUAUUAUAUGGGAGUUUAGUCUGUUGUUUAAAUUCUGUUAUCUACAAGGUUUUUAAUGUUGUUCUUUUGUUACCACAGUGAUUCCCCAUUCUUAACUAAAUGUUCCUAAGUAUAUAUUGUAUACUGUAUGUACCUAGUUUAGUGUUUUUAAACAAACAACAACGAUACAGCGAAACAGAAUGUAAGCUCGCGAGAUCAGGUGGUUCGUACGAGGCUAAGUUCCUGGUACAAAAAAGGUUGAGAAACACUGACCUGGUCCUUUGAAAAUUGCGUGAUAAACAUUUUUUUGUUUGUUUGUUUUCUACUGCCCUCUAGUGGCGCUAAAAAGCUUGAACUCAACGAACACUUCCUCAGUACCAAAUCUCUCUUCCCCCUCAACUCACUCUCACAAAGUCUGCCUGCACAACUCUGUGUGUAUUGCCUCGGCACAUUCUCCCAUUUACCGUUAUUCACACGCCGCAGCUCUGCUUACUCCUAAAACGGAUGCCAAAAGAGCCCUGUAGGCUCUGGUCCAACGUAGUGCUUUAUAUUAAGGAAUAGGGUUCCAUUUGAGAUGUGCAACCAGUGUGUUCAAUUCCUGUGCGAUUAAGGGCCACUGAAUGUUAUGUUAAAAAAUGAUAUUUUGAUGAUUUAAAAGUAUUUUGUUGUUCUAUUCUUUACUGUCUGAACCCAGUGUUUUAGAGGAAGGAACUGUGGUUUAAAGCAAUAUCCUGAAAAAGCUAUUUUGUCCAACAAUUGUUUUCAAGAAAACAGGAACAAUUGCAACCCUUAAACUCAACAAGUGCUUAAAUGUAUAUUGGUAACACCUAGAAAUAUAUUUGAUAUUGUAUUCUGAUUACAAUAAUUUCUUGUUGGACAAGACUUUACAUUUUAUACAUUCGUUUCAGGAGUCAUUUGAUUAAAGCUUAUUACUACAUGCUUAACCAAUCAUAUUCCUAAAUAGUUACUACGACGAUCAUCUAAACAUGUUCUUUUUGUAUGCCUUUUAACUGACUGUACAAUCGGCUGCAAUAAAGUGACACGUGAGGUUUGUUAA